AUGAUAGAUCUUUUAGGCUUACCUGCUGAAUUACUCCUAUGGGUGUUGGAGCUCUUGAGUGCAUCCUUCUAUCGAGAUGACAUCCGCAGGUUAACGGUUUGCAAGCAAUGGUAUCCCGCAGCACACGUUGUGUUCUACUCCGACAUAUACCUACAAGCCGAAAGUCUAUCCAGAUUUCUUCUCCGCCCGAGUCACAGUACGUCGGACGACUCUUCCAAGCAUAAGUGGAAUCACCUUGCUAUAGAGCUAAGAGGGUUUGAGAGCUGGGACAGUACUUAUGCUCAGGGUCUAGAUGAUCAGGCAAUCCAGGCUUCCUUGGGUUCAUGGACGAGAAAUUUGAACAGUGAUCUCACCAAGCUUGCAACAUGGCUUCAGGGAAGUAGGACUCUCCGUACGCUGCGGUUUACCGCAUGGAGUGAAUUCAACCCUAAGCUCCCAAUGCUCCCGCGCCGAGAAUAUAUAUUAAUGGAUAAAAUACUCGGUCUUCUCUCGCUUGGCCGGCUGAGUGUCCUAGAACUGGAUACCUGCGGAAGCAAUUUUAUUCACCAGGACGAGUCCCAACUACACUCGAGACACCAGAUGCAUAUUUGUCAAGAUAUAGCGGCUCUUCUUCCACAGCCACACCGGCUUCGUUUACGCAUGCGUGAAAUAUGCCCACUUGUUCUCUACACUCAGGAUUCGGCGGUUCCAUAUUUAAGGUCAGUUAUAGUGAACCUCAGCCUGUCAAAUGAACCCUCAGGUAUCACAGCAGCGUCUUAUAGCAGAAGAUGUGGUUCAUCUGAUAGGUCUGGCUCCCUAAAGUUACGAUCUGAUAUGGAAGGCCAGGCGACUCGCCUUGCAGAACAAAUGACCCACCCAGCAACCGUAAGAGUCAUUUUCCAUCCUCAUAACGGGUGUUUUGCUUCCGGGUGGAAACUGCAGUACUUUGAAAUUUUGACCAGAAAGCGCGCUACGCUUCAGCCUUUUAUGCCUUGGGAUGGUGAUGGCAAAACGGAGUAUGAGGACUCAGAGGGCUCAGAGGGCUCAGAGGAGGAGGAGUAA